UGCCAUAGGAACGAUGACGUCACGCCCAUAGUACGCUGACGACCUCCUGCCAGGACCGAGGAAUCCCACCCAAUCAGCCGCCAGAGGGCUUGUCAUUGCGCCUCAGCGACCGUAGGCGGGAUUACCGGCCAUCUGCACGGGCAGCCAUUACAGCUCCGGUUAUCUGCAAGUUGGUGUCAGGCCUGUCCGUAUCUGAGAAGCAGACCAGAAGAUGCCAAUGGAUCGACUUGAAGCUGGGCCAGAAGUUAGGAAAUUUAGGGGAAGAGGAAACCGCGGUAGAGGCAGCUACAUAUCCAGAGGUGACCGCGGCAUGAAGGGGCAAAUGUCUAUAGGCAGAGAGAAGUUCAGAGACAAAUCAAUGAAUGGAGUUGUACCUUUAAGACGUGGCAUGGGACGGAUGCAUCCAUACCAGGAUCCUCGGGGGCGUGGAGGAGCUAGAGGCCAACACCCAGGAUAUUUGCCACCCCAUCCUGAAAUAGAAAUGAGUGAACCCUUCCCACCUCCUCCCCCACUUCCGCGGUUCAGUAUGAGAAUACGUGGACACCCUCCUCCUCUACCGCCCGGGCGGAUGGGUUUCCGAGGCAUGCCACCACCUCCACGAGGCCGGGGUAUCUUGCCGCCUCCACCACCACAGAGAGGUCCAUUUCCUCACCCACGAAGGGUAACAUAGUCACCCUUUGAAGCCAUUUGAAGAUGGUAUGCAGACCAUUGAAGAACUUGCAACAGUCCUUUUUGUGAGGUGAGAGUAUUUAAAAAUAUACAUAUAUUUUACCCUACAAAUGGGACCUCCGCCUCAAACAGGUAAGUCUUAGAGCGUUUAUGGCUAAAACAUACGCGCUUUCAUAUGACUUGAUGCCCUAUCGCACUUUCACUGUUUGAAUGCCAGUGCUCCCUGCUCUGCGCUGACUUCUGCAUGCCGUGUUUAAAAUUUUACGCAGACCGAGGUUAAUUAAGAAUGAAUAUAAAUAAGCAGGGGAAGAUUUUCUUUGAGCC